AUGUCGAAAAAAUAAGCAAUUGACAAUUCUGAUAGAUAUAAAGGUGAAGCAGGAAAUUUUUAAUCUUUGGAAAGUGAUGAUGGUCCAGGUCCUAUGAAAUGUAGAAUAUAAAAAUAAAAUAAAAAUAGCUGUUGAAGGAUGGAUUUUAAUUAUAGCAGGAAUUCAUGAAGAAGCUUAGGAAGAUGAUUUAUUUGAUGCAUUUAGUAAAUUUGGUCCAAUUAAGAAUCUUCAUUUAAAUCUUGAUAGAAGAACUGGUUUUGUUAAAGGGUAGAAGCUAAUUAAUAAUUAGUUAUGCAUUAGUUGAAUUUAGUGAUUUUGCUCAUGCUUAAGAUGCUUUGAAUGGUGUAAAUAAAUCAGAAGGAAUCUGUGGUAAAAAAGUUCAAGUUGAUUGGGCAUUCAAAAAACCAUGCAAGAAAGGGGCUUUAAAAUAAACUAAGAAAUAAUGAUUUAAAUGUUAUAUCUAUG